AUGUUAACAAAUUCAAGAUCUAAUCCUACAACCAAACCUGUUCUUAAAUUAAAGCAUUUUUUGAAUACCAUUGUUGUACCCUAUUCAUCCAAAGAUCCUAUAUAUAGUUUAAAAAAUUCAAUUGAAAGUUCAAGAUUUGCAUCAUAUCAUAAUAUCAGUAAUUCUGUACGUAAAAAUAUAAUCAAAAACCAAUAUUCCUUUUUACCAUGUAUCACUAAUCGGAAAUCACUCAUAAUUGAAGCUAAUUAAAUUUCUACAAUUACAUUUGAUCAUGUGUAAUUAGAAUAAAAUAAUAAUAAGUAAAUGAAAAAACAUUUAAGAUAAUUAAAGAAUUUUAGUAUUGCUCAAAAUUAAAAUGAUAAUCUAAAUUCAACAUAUGAAGAAUUAUAAAUACUUUAAUCUAAUAAAAAUAGUCCAACAAAAUAUAAAACAUCUAAUAAAUAGGAAUAGUAAAAAUCAAGAAAAUAAAAAUUAGUUGAUUUUUUGAAAGGUGAAAAUUAAGGCAUAUAAUUUACAUAAUUAUUACAAAAAAAAUAAUCAAAAUAGUAAACUUUAUUUCCUUCUUUCACAAUUAAAAAAUAUCAAGAACUUUAAUUUUGA